CGCCCUCCCGCGGGCGGGAACCCGGAAGUGGGCAGCGCCGGCGGCUCCCGGCGGGCCAGCACCGGGCAGCGGCAGCGGGGGCUCCGGCGGCACCCCGCGGCGGGGGCAGCGGCGGCUGGCAUGGUGCUGGCGGCAGCGCGCCGCGCCCGCGUUGCACGGAGGGAGCCCGAGCGGAGCCGCGAUGGAGAUGCUGCUGCCGCCCGUAUGUACCAAACUUUGCCAUCAGAAGCCCUUGGAUCUGAAAGAUGAUAACACCGAAAUUCACUGUCCUGUUACAGUAAAUCCAUGGCACAUGAAGAAAGCUUUUAAAGUUAUGAAUGAAUUAAGAAGUCAAAACUUGCUGUGUGAUGUGACGAUAGUAGCUGAAGACAUGGAAAUUGCAGCGCAUAGAGUUGUGCUAGCCGCCUGCAGCCCCUACUUCCAUGCCAUGUUUACAGGUGAGAUGAGUGAAAGCCGAGCAAAGAGAGUUCGAAUAAAGGAAGUCGAUGGCUGGACUCUAAGGAUGCUUAUUGAUUAUAUUUAUACUGCUGAAAUUCAAGUUACAGAAGAAAACGUGCAGGUACUGCUCCCAGCAGCUGGUCUCUUGCAGCUGCAGGAUGUGAAAAGGACUUGCUGUGAAUUUUUGGAAUCCCAGCUUCAUCCUAUCAACUGCUUGGGGAUUCGUGCUUUUGCUGACAUGCAUGCGUGCACAGAUCUCUUGAACAAGGCCAACACAUAUGCAGAACAGCACUUUUCUGAUGUCGUUCUUAGUGAAGAAUACCUCAAUCUUGGUGUAGAGCAGGUGUGCAGUCUUAUAUCCAGUGACAAACUCACAAUUGCCUCAGAAGAGAAGGUAUUUGAAGCAGUGAUAGCGUGGGUAAACCAUGACAAAGAUGUAAGGCAGGAGCUAAUGGCACGCCUGAUGGAGCAUGUUCGGCUGCCUUUGCUUUCCCGGGAAUAUUUAGUUCAGAGAGUUGAAGAGGAAAUAUUGGUUAAGAACAGCAGUGCUUGUAAAGAUUACCUCAUUGAAGCUAUGAAGUAUCACUUGCUGCCAACUGAGCAACGAGCAUUGAUGAAAAGCACUCGAACAAAACUGAGAACACCAGCUAGCCUUCCAAAAUUGAUGAUGGUAGUUGGAGGACAGGCACCAAAGGCAAUUCGCAGUGUUGAAUGCUACGAUUUUAAAGAAGAACGCUGGCAUCAGGUGGCUGAAUUGCCUUCUAGAAGAUGUAGAGCAGGAAUGGUGUACAUGGGAGGCAUGGUUUAUGCUGUUGGUGGUUUCAAUGGUUCUUUGAGAGUUCGCACAGUAGAUUCCUAUGAUCCGGUGAAGGACCAGUGGACGAGUGUUGCUAAUAUGCAAGACAGGAGAAGCACACUGGGAGCAGCUGUAUUAAAUGGCCUUCUUUAUGCUGUGGGAGGAUUCGAUGGGAGUACAGGUUUAUCAUCAGUCGAAGUUUACAACUUAAAGACUAACGAGUGGUUUCAUGUAGCUCCAAUGAACACAAGAAGAAGUAGUGUUGGCGUAGGUGUUGUUGGAGGUAAACUGUAUGCUGUCGGUGGCUACGAUGGGGCGUCACGUCAGUGCCUUAGUUCAGUAGAAUGCUAUGAUGCUAAUACAAAUGAGUGGACCUAUGUUGCAGAAAUGAGCACUAGACGCAGUGGAGCAGUAAUUCUUCUCAUCACCUGGUGUUUACAUCCUUUGGAUAUGUAUAGGCUACUACAUGUUAUCCUUCCUUAUCGUUUAGCCAAGGUUUUUUCAACUCGCAGAAGUUUUUAUUUCUCUAGAUGCGCUCCCAUGGACUUUUUCAAGUCAAAUUGCAUGAUACUAUUUUUCUAUGUUUAUUUUUUUAGUUGUUUAAGUCACUUUUUUGCCAAGUACUCAAUGGUGGUUUUUAGCAACAUCCUUCAAAUAUCUGCUGUUAAUUGCGUUAAUGUGCUGCAUAAUUAGAAGAGAUGUUGCUACAAAUAAAAUUGGAUGGACUUCUAGUAUGCUCAGUAAAUGAUUAAUAGUUAUCCCAACUUUUCAUCUUGCUUUCCAUUAUUCUUUAUUAACUCUGAACAGUUUUUAAUCUCUAUAAUGAUGUUUAAAUUAAAUCCAAAUUGUUUCAAACAAAAUAUAUAAAAGUAGUAAAAUCAUUACUAAAAUUAAGAUAUUUAGUUUGUGAUACUUGCAUUACACCAUUAUAAAAUCAGCAAGUUGAUAUGUCUCUUAUUGCUAAAAGUAAUGUUUUGAUUGAGUUUCUAAACUGAAACUAUGAUGUGAAUGAAGGAAACAGUUGUCUUGUGAAACUUCUAGUUACUUAGUCUGUGCAUUUUGGAAGUAAAUUCUGGAUUAAAAACUGGCCAGAGUUGCAGUAAGGGUACUGUUAAAUACUUCUGUCUAUUAUUGGCAAGCUUUGAGGAAAAUUUUUAUAUACAGUGGGCAAAUUAUAAGUAUCAUUAUAAAGACAAGUAGUGUUGGUGGGUUGUGACAAAGCUUCAUUUUGCAAUCUGCCUGCACAUCCAUUUUAUCUCAGCUUUUUUUCUUAAUCUGUUUUUGCAAACUCUCGUUGUGCUUGCAGCCUACUUAUAUACUAGAUAUUUUCAGAUUUUUUUUAAAUAUUGAAUUACAAUUCUGAAAUUUAGUGCCUUAGAUACACUAACUACUGGGAUCUUUCUGCCCCUCUCCUCCCUCCCCUUGUCCCAGCGUUCAGGACCAUGUUUGUUUACUCAACUCUCCACUGCCUUUUACAUUGUCUUCUGAUUACUUUUCCUCUCCAUUUUUUUAAAAAAAAAAAUGUAGUCAGUUGUUUCAGGUUCAUAUAACUGAGUAAAAUAAUCAGCAUUCUCCUGUGCCACUCUUUUAAAUACACGGAAAAUUAUAUUUGUGCGUGGGGGAGGAGUGGGUGGUAAUGUGAAAAUCAUGACUAUUGAUUGAGCUUGGCUAUAGUGGCCAAAUAUCCAAAACCACCAGAACUGUUUCAACUGACGAUCAGUCCUGGUGGUGUUAUGGGCGCUAACUAAAGCGACUUCUGUUCCUGUAUUAAACCUUUGGAUCUCUGGUCAUCUCAAGGACCUUAAGCCCAUCUCUUCUGUUCCUACUGCUUCAGCUUCAGAGGUUAACCCUCAGUUACUCUUCUUUAGUACCAACUGCUUCUCAGUUGAUCAAUACGGGGACAGAUCUGUUUCCAGGAACAUAUUGGGAUGAGGAUCUUCAGAUGGAGAUAUAGGCCAUUUGGGAGGGAUGAGAGAUAUAAGACAGGGUCCUGAAAAAUGGGGAGGAAAGAAAAAUAACAAAGAAAGGAGAACUCAGAAGACGGCCACAAGAGGAUACAGACGGAAGGAGCAAGAAAUAAGGUAGGACUUGGCAACUGGGUGUGGGAUUAAGGGAAAAUGAAGCACCAAAGAGGAACGGAGGACAUUCUUAAAAAUACGGAGCUACCAAAGAAAAAAAUGGCAAUGUGGCAGAGGGAAAACUCUACACACUAAACAGGAAGGUCGGUGACUAUACAGAAUGCCUGGGUGGGGGCAUUUAUAUCACAUCACAUCACAUAUUUAAACUAAAAGUCUUAGCCCUCCUAGCUCUGUAAUGUUUAAUGCUACAAAAGAUUAAUGUUGUAUUAUCCUGCCUAAAUAAAGUGUGAUCAGAGUGGGAGAGAGAAAAGCUGUCACACAAUACUGCGACACGAUAGCUAGAAAUAAUAGCGAUAAAAGAGGAAUUAAAUUAACUGGGAAGGAUAUCGGGAAACGUUAGUAGCGACUAUCACUGAUAAAGCAUUAGAUUGCAUGAUUCAUAAAGCAGUGUCCUAUUAAGAAGCUAUUUUUCAGAUUUGCAGUACCAAUUAACUCUUCCAUGUUUCUCUCCCCUCUUCCUUUAAUUAUUAAAAUCUGUCUUUUUAAUAAGAAAACUCAGUUAUUUCAGCAGGAGUCAUUUCUCUCCCUGUAUAGGAAUGGCUCUUACAUAUAGUAUUAAUGAUAAGUUUUCAAAGAUAUUUCAGCUGGCUAUUAAGGUGGCAGGGUUGUGGGUUUUUUUUUUUUUCUUUUAACCCAGCAUUUUUUUUUCUCUGAAGGACUUAACUGAUCUUUUGCAUUCAUACUUGCUGUUUCCCUUUAAUAAAGAUUUUAAGCUGUGCCCUUUCCAUGGUACCCUUUAAGAACUAUAUUUGCAAAACUGUAUCUCAGCUUUUGAGUUUUAUAAUCUUAAAUGUGAUGUCUAUUAGAUUUCCCAAUAUCUUUCAUAGUAGUGUUUUUUCAGUUGUCUUUAUGGUCUGUCAAUCACAACUUUCAAUUCAAAAAACCCCCCUACAUUUCUGAAAUCCAUUAUGUUUGCAUUCUACUAGUGCAUUAUAAAGUGAGGAAUAAAUAAAUGGACCUUCCUUUCUGCUUCCCCUAUUACCAUCUUUUCAAUAUGUGCAGCCCGAUUAUCAAGUAGACAUAGACUAGCUUUAUCUAUUCCCUCAUGCCAAGCUUACAGAUUGGAUAAACUUUUGUUGUAAAGGAGACCCUUUAAUAUCCUUUUGGAUAUUUUGAUAACUGAAGAAGCUUGGUUCAAGGAACCUUGGUGUUCUCCUCCAAAUCCCGGAGGGGGAAGGCACUCACUCUGUUUACUUUUGUUUCAUAUAUCUAUGUUUACAAGGUAUUCCAACACUUAAGUGGAAACAUUCCUAUUGUAUAAUGUCUAGCCAUUCAGCUUUUAUCCUCCGUACUGCACGGUUUUUACUUUCUACAAAUUCACUUAUGCUUUAUCAUCUUGUCAGAUUUCUGUUAUGCUGCCUGAGCACACUGUCUCAUUUACUGUCACUUCUAAUUAGUCCUAAAUUUCAACAGUCCUCAUUUUCCUGCACAUCAUUUUUCGUCCAAAAUUUUCUAAAUCUUCUGUUGCAGAACAGCUCUGGUCUUUGUAUGCUGCAAUAUGGUAGAUGGGCAUGCAAGACAUUUUAUCAGGGUCUUGCUGUAGUUACUGUCGUUUUGCUUUAACGCAUCCUGACCCAAAUGUUUUCUGAAAUAGUUCCUAACAUUGACUGGAUGAAGGAUUUAUGUUAGUGAAUGUAAUAUUUGUUGCUUCUCUUUUGUUAUCAGUCAAACCAUUCUCCGGUUAAUUUUGAGUAUUUUCAUAUGUUCACAGGUGUUGGUGUGUUAAACAAUUUAUUGUAUGCAGUAGGUGGUCAUGAUGGUCCUUUGGUAAGAAAAAGCGUUGAAGUGUUUGAUCCUGUCGCCAGUACGUGGAAGCAGGUUGCAGACAUGAACAUGUGCAGAAGGAA